AUGGAACUUCCAUAUUCUCUUCGCCGUCAUGUUCUCCCCCACCUUGUUCCUCCUCCUCUAUGCCAAGUUCUGCCACCACCACCGCCGCCACCAACACCACCUUCCCUCUCCUUAUCCGCCUCCGGACUCGACAAAUCCCCCAUCAAAGCCAUCCUUUUCUUCCGCUUCUCCUCCCUCCUCAGCUCACUCUUCGGCUUCGAAUGCGGUGCCUGCCUCACCAAAUUCGACGACGUCGACUUCCUUCACCUCCUCCCCAAAUGCAACCACGCCCUCCACAUCGGCUGCAUCAACCAGUAUCUCGAGACGAACUGCACAUGCCCCCUCUGCUGCCUCCAUGGCACCGCAGCCGACCUCUCCUCAAGUCUCCGGUUCCUACACAAUCUGCCGUCGGCGCUAGAUUCUGAUCUUGAGCUCGAGGCAGAGAGAGGAGGCUGUCGUGGAUCCUCUAGAUUCUGCAUUGGCGGAAGCGAGGGACACCGAUGCUGGAGAGCAUGUCACCGCUGUACAGACUGA